CCCUCCCUACCGUUUCCUUACUCAUUCUCCUCGCCAUCACCACGCUCUGUCCCUCAAGAUUUUUCCUUUUUCCUUCACAUUCCCUCUGUUUUUCACAGUUUUUCUAGGCAACCAAACGCCCAUCAUACACUUGAGAGAUGAAAUUCGGGAAGAGCUUAAGCAACCAGAUCGACGAGACGUUGCCGGAAUGGCGGGACAAGUUCCUGUCCUACAAGGAGCUCAAGAAGAAGCUCAAGCUCCUCGAGCCGAAAGGCGGCGAGAGACCCAGCAAGCGGCUCAGAGCCGAACCCGUUGAUGGGAAGGAGGGCAUGUCCGAGGAGGAGAUCGAUUUCAUUCGGUUGCUGGAGAACGAGCUCGAAAAAUUCAACACCUUCUUCGUUGAGAAGGAGGAGGAAUACAUUAUCAGAUUGAAGGAGUUACAAGAUAGGGUGGCAAAGGCAAAGGAUUCCAAUGAAGAGAUGUUAAAAAUUCGGAAGGAGAUAGUGGACUUCCACGGAGAGAUGGUUUUGUUGGAGAAUUACAGCGCACUUAACUAUACAGGAUUGGUGAAAAUACUGAAGAAAUAUGACAAAAGAACUGGUGCCCUCAUUCGCUUGCCCUUCAUUCAAAAGGUCUUGCAACAGCCCUUCUUUACCACUGACUUGCUCUACAAGCUUGUGAAGGAGUGUGAGUCAAUGCUGGACGGGCUGUUCCCGAAAAGCGAGCUGCUGCCGCCGGCCCCGACUUCAUCUGGGGCAGCUGAUGGGGAGGAAGGGUGCGAUCAAGAUCCUUCAACUUCUGCCCCUAACAGGAAUGAUGGGCUCAGAAUGCCCAAGGAACUCGCAGAAAUAGAGUAUGUGAAGAGCUUAUACAUGAAGAGCACUAUAUCAGCAUUACGGGUUUUGAAGGAAAUUCGGAGUGGAAGCUCAACAGUGAGCGUUUUUUCAUUGCCACCGCUGCAAGUUAGUGGACUUGAGGAAACGUGGAAUAAAAUUCCAGUCCUGGAACAAGUAGCCAAAUAGGAAGGAAGUGAGACAAAUAUGUCCCAUUUGUUUUUUAUAUGAUCUACUUUUUUUUUGUGUUUCCUUUUCAUGCAUCUCUUAUGAUGCCUUAGAUACUAACACAUGUACAAUGCCAAAACCAGAAAUGAAUUCAAUAGAAUCGUAAGUUCUGUAUAAUAGAAUCUUUGGGCUCUAUGGAAGUGAGCAGUAUUUCCAAAUUUGGCAAUAUUGGUUUACGUUUUCAGCCGGCGUGAAGAGUAGUGUUAUUCUAUUCGAACAUUCAAAACGCCUUAUAGGGAGACUGUAAAAGUUGGAGAAAGACAACCCUAUCAAUAUGUUUGCAAAAGCUUGUAC